CAGAGCACCUUAACCACAAAUCAGUGAAUGUUGGUAUUGUGCGGCACGCUGUUUUUUGUGCACUAUUUUCAAUGGCGUGGAGAAGCUUUGUGAUAUGUAUAGGAAUGCUAUUGCUUGCCAUUACUCGUUGCCACUGCGUGGCUCUUUCAAAAGUGCCCUCACCAAACCCUUCCGUAAUUUGGAAGUUCAACUCGAGAGGCAAUUCACCCCAAGCUAAACCAAAAGAGGCGCAUAGUCCCCGGGGAAGACUGAUGAAUGGACGGCAUCCGCGCGAAAAUGCAAUAGUGGAAGAAGCUCUUGUUGAUGCAGACUAUCAGUCUGAUAUGGGAAGGGAUGAGGCGGAGGCCUACUUCAGAGCGCAGGGAAAUGGGAAUGCAAACCCCAGCAGUGUGGCGGUUCAGAAACUGAUGCAAACGGAGCCUAAUGUUGAAUGCACAGGUGACUCGAUGAAGCUGAAUGUUAAAGGUUCGUUUUCUACCCCUGGAGCUCUAUUCGUGGUAGACAGAGGAAGCAGUCUGGCUCCUCUUCCCCUAUCAGAGCUGCCGUCAAGCUGUGGAUAUACCUUGAAAACGACACAAAGAGAUUUGGUCUUGGUUGCACCUUAUGAUGGAUGUUUCGUCUCUCUUGAGGAAGAGGGCUAUGUUCUUUCACUACAUUGGGGGGGUAUACCCGUGAGAAUGUCUUGCCCUGUCAGGAGACAGUCUCUGUAUAAUCCUCCCAGGGUAACCUGCAACACUGCAGGAAUGGUUGUGAACACGGACUGGGCUUCUCCAGUCCAAAAAAUCCAAGUUAAUUUGAAUGGUCUGUGGAAACCCCUGAUGGAGGUCUUGCCAAGAUGUGGCUUUGGAUUUGAAUUUGCUUCUAAUGCUGGAGGUGCAGCUAUUUCUAUUCGCUAUGCCCCCUGUUUGGGAGUGAAGGAUGGGAUGUUCACUCUAGGCCUGGCUGGGGACGGUGCAGUUAAAGUUUCGUGUCCAAGCGUACACAUUUUUGAUGACCCAAGCAAAGGUGUUCUUCCAACUGUGGCUCCCUUGAAAUACCCAAACAAUACUGUGACUGGUACUCUAGUUGGCCAAGAGCAAAACUCCCUUCAUCUACCACCAAAAGCCCAAAUAACAGUGACCGUACCACCGAAAAACCCUGCAUCCCCAGACAACAAACAACCCCAGGCUUAUCCAUCUUACUAUUUCUGGCCACCACAUCCGUCUGGUUCUCAAACUCCAGAUCAAUUUCCAACCCAUCAGACUCCAUUCUAUCCAUCUCUUCCAGUUGGUCCUUCACAGAAGCCUGCAUCACCAACUUCAAAGGCUGAAGGACAAGAACCUGUGACUCCUCACAAGCCACCUAAAACCCAUGACAGUAAAGCGCCUGUAGGUCCAGAGGUAGAAAACGCAUGGCCUUAUCCAUUUCCGUACUAUUUCUGGCCACCACAGCCUUCCCAAGGUCCUGAUCUACCAACACCUGGUGUUCCACAGAAACCUGCUGCAACAACUUCAAAGACUGAAGGACAAGAACCGGUGACUCAUCUCAAGCCACAUAAAACCCAGAUAAACAAACAACCUGUCGCUCCAGAUAGACAAAACCCUGAAUCUUAUCAAGUUCCUUACUUUACCUGGCCAUCACAUCCAUCUGCAUCUCAAACUCCAGAUCCAUUUCUACCCCAUCAGACUCCAUUCUAUCCAUCUCUUCCAGUUGGUCCUUCACAGAAGCCUGCAUCACCAACUUCAAAGGCUGAAGGACAAGAACCUGUGACUUCUCACAAGCCACCUAAAACCCAUGACAGUAAAACGCCCGUAGGUCCAGAGGUACAAAACGCAUGGCCUUAUCCAUUUCCGUACUAUUUCUUGCCACCGCAGCCUUCCCAAGGUCCUGAUCUACCAACACCUGGUGUUCCACAGAAACCUGCAUCAACAACCUCAAAGACUGAAGGACAAGAACCGGUGACUCAUCCCAAGCCACCUAAAACCCUGAUAAACAAACAACCUGUUGCUCCAGAUAGACAAAACCCUGAACCUUAUCAAGUUCCUUACUUUACCUGGCCAUCACAUCCAUCUGCAUCUCAAACUCCAGAUCCAUUUCCACCCCAUCAGACUCCAUUCUAUCCAUCUCUUCCAGUUGGUCCUUCACAGAAGCCUGCAUCACCAACUUCAAAGGCUGAAGGACAAGAACCUGUGACUCCUCACAAGCCACCUAAAACCCAUGACAGUAAAACACCUGUAGGUCCAGAGGGACAAAAUGAAUGGCCUUAUCCAUUUCCGUACUAUUUCUGGCCACCACAGCCCUCCCAAGGUCCAGAUCUUCCAACACCUGGUGGUCCACAGAAACCUGCAUCAACAACCUCAAAGACUGAAGGACAAGAACCGGUGACUCAUCCCAAGCCACCUAAAACCCAGAUAAACAAACAACCUGUCGCUCCAGAUAGACAAAACCCUGAACCUCAUCAAGUUCCUUACUUUACCUGGCCAUCACAUCCAUCUGCAUCUCAAACUCCAGAUCCAUUUCCACCCCAUCAGACUCCAUUCUAUCCUCCAUCUCUUCCAGUUGGUCCUUCACAGAAGCCUGCAUCACCAACCUCAAAGACUGAAGGACAAGAACCUGUGACCCAUCCCAAGCCACAUAAAACCCAUGACAGGAAAACACCUGUAGUUCCAGAAGGGCACAACACGUGGCCUUAUCAAGUUCCUUACUUUACCAAGCAACCACCAUCUGCUUCUCAAACUCCAGAUCAAUUUCCACCUUACUAUCAUACUCCAUUCUAUCCAUCUCUUCCUGUUGGUCCUUCACAGAAACCUGCAUCACCAACUUCAAAGACUGAAGGGCAAGAAACUCUGACUCACCCCAAGCCACCUAAAACCUGGGACCCUACAAACCUUCAACCUAGUGAUCCUCUAGCUACAGUGACCCAAACAAAACCUAGCGAAUCUGAAAAAGGAACCCCAUUUAAUUCCCUUGUACAUUGCCCUGAAAAAUGCCUUUCUGGAUUAAGUCAAUGCUGUGUGUCCUUCAGUUACCACCAUCAUGAUCACUUCAUUUACCCUCUUAAAGAUGACCGUAGAAUUGCCCCAUUCUCUACAUUGGGACAAUCUGUUCCAGAGGUAAUGCAGGGCACACUAGACUCUGGGCUACCUAACACUAUUGAAACAUCCCAUGAUACAAUUGUGAACCCUCCAUUCGAAAAUCAGGAGGAUAAAUUGCAUAAUUUUCUAUCACAGGCGGUUAAAUAUGCAAGCAAAGGAAAUCAAGAAUUUGAAUAUUCUCCACCAGAGGGCAUCCUUGACCAGGAUUUACCAAUAAGUUUUGAAUCCUCUCAGUCAGAGUUGGGCCACCCUACCUUCAUCCAACAAUAUGAACAACCAAAAAUUCAACUGCAAUCACCUGACGAGAGGCAAAGCCCAUCUCAAACCCUUGUGACUCAAGGUCUGUUUACGAUUUUGGAACCUGCAAUGGGUCAUUAUGACAUGGUUCAAGAUGCUAUGGCAUCAAGUGUUGAUUCAACUGACUACUUUGAGGCUCUGCACCCUUUGAGUAACUCAAGGAAAUUUCUAAAGCUGACCUCGGAACGUCCAUUGUCCAAUGGGCAUCUAUUGUUGGAACAUGGUCCUCCAGGGAGCGAGCCAAGCUUCCCGAGGCUGGCAGCCAGGGGCCUGGGUCGUAGUCACACACACUUGGCGUUUGAGCCAUCAAGACAUUAUCCACAAAGCAAGGAGACAUCUCAUCCACCACAACAUGGUAACCAAAUGGAUGCUAUGUAUAGAAGUAAAGAUCAAUCCAAUAAUAUCCUUGGACAGACAUUCAACAGACAUUCUUCAGUUGAUGGCUAUCCAAAUGGAGACGUUAACCAACCGUUCCCAAGAAGAAUGCACUGAUCCGUUAUGUUGUGAAAAAAAAUAAAAGAUUAUUUCUUUCAUUUCAAACUUCCUGA